UACAAUGCUCAGGCCAACAUGUACUGGCACUAUCAUGGUCCCGACGUGAUAUGGGAGGAUGGCACACGAUAUGUCUAUGAAGAUAUCUAUGUGCCAUCAAAUCAGUAUGUCUGGUGCUCCUUGAAAUGCUCUUCUGCAGCUACUAAAAAUCGGACCACCACGCUCACGCUUCGACCCUUUGCUAGGAGUGCUCAAUUCCUCUGGAGGAGAAACACGUUAAGAAGAGGCGACAACUGUACAUGGGUGACGCUCGCCUCUUUGAUAACCGAGAAGGAUGAACAUGGCCGUACGAAGACCACGGCAAGCCUCUACCACGAACUGGACAAAGCCAGGAUACCACCGGUUCCGAAUAUAGACGGCCCUGCGUACUGGAACGACGUGCUAAGAAUCGCGGGAGAGUUCGGUACGACCCAAAAGCUAGAAUUCGUCGACCAGUAUCCUACGGGCGUACCCGCAAUUGACCUUCCUACUCUGGGCGUGCCGCCACAGACGUUUUUCGGGACCUGGGUUCAACCUGGGAACCAGUGCAUCGGGCAUUUUGUCAAAGGGUACUGGGCGCCCGACAAGCCUGGUCGCGGCUACGGAGGCAGUGACAAGUGGUUCCGCUUCACGGAUUUCCAGACCGACCAAGCAGGUCAAGAUGUUACAGAUUGGGUCAUGGCGACGGGUCAGACGAUCAAGUAUGCGUACUGGUUUGUGCAAUAGCGUCAGUGAAAGAGCUGUUAUGCACAUGUCCUUGGGUCAUUAUGGGCAUUGGCCUUCUACUUCUUUCAUUCGAGAUAUCGACCGUUGGUGUGGGCAGAGGUGGCUUGUGAACCCAUCUGGGAGAAGCAAGGUUGCAUAUGGGCAUCGCCAGGCUAUGAAGAAGAGCGGGACUCGUUUGUUCACACACCAACCAUAUCGUCAUUGAUUGUACAGCAACUUCCCGGCCAGAAGAAAGUGAUGUCUGCCCGUCAAGAU